GCCACAUGGUGCAGAAUCUUUCCACCCCUACACUCCAAAAACCCAAUCAGACAAGUGCCCGUAAUCUGACUCCCGGUGUACUGCAGCCCGGGGGCAGGCAAUGAAAGCUGCACUCUGGCCAGGGAAGGCAUGAGUGACGGAGCUGCUGCAAGGCGGUGGGGUAAGUGUGGACAUUCCUGCAGUAGAGAGAGCAUCAUGGUGGCCUUCAAAGGAGUCUGGACUCAGGCUUUCUGGAAGGCAGUCACAGCAGAAUUUCUGGCCAUGCUUAUCUUUGUUUUGCUCAGUGUGGGAUCCACCAUAAAUUGGGGUGGCUCAGAAAACCCCUUACCUGUGGACAUGGUCCUCAUCUCCCUUUGCUUUGGACUCAGCAUUGCUACCAUGGUGCAGUGCUUUGGCCACAUCAGUGGUGGCCACAUCAAUCCUGCUGUGACAGUGGCCAUGGUGUGCACACGAAAGAUCAGCAUUGCCAAGUCCGUCUUCUACAUCAUUGCGCAGUGCCUUGGGGCCAUCAUUGGAGCCGGCAUUCUCUACCUGGUCACACCUCCCAGUGUGGUGGGAGGACUAGGAGUCACCACGGUUCAUGGAAACCUCACCGCUGGCCAUGGGCUCCUGGUGGAGUUAAUAAUCACUUUCCAGUUAGUCUUCACUAUUUUUGCCAGCUGUGAUUCCAAACGGACUGAUGUUACUGGUUCGAUAGCUUUAGCAAUUGGAUUUUCCGUUGCAAUUGGACAUUUGUUUGCAAUCAAUUAUACUGGAGCCAGCAUGAAUCCAGCUCGAUCUUUUGGACCCGCAGUUAUCAUGGGAAACUGGGAAAACCACUGGGUGUAUUGGGUUGGACCAAUAAUAGGCGCCGUGUUGGCAGGUGCCCUUUACGAGUAUGUCUUCUGUCCUGACGUGGAGCUCAAACGUCGCCUUAAGGAAGCCUUCAGCAAAGCUGCUCAGCAGACGAAAGGGAGCUACAUGGAGGUGGAGGACAACCGGAGCCAAGUGGAGGCCGAAGACCUGAUCCUGAAGCCCGGGGUGGUGCAUGUCAUUGACAUUGACCGUGGAGACGAGAAGAAGGGCAAAGACUCCUCUGGAGAGGUAUUGUCUUCUGUAUGACUAGAGGACAGCACUGAAGGCAGACCAGACUCCCUAGACCUGGCCUCAGACUUCCUGCCACCCAUCAAGGAAACAGAUUUGUUAUAAAUUAGACACUUGUGGGUUUCUUGUUUCACAUCUCGUUAUACAGUUUAAAUAACACACAUUUUACUAUUAUCAAUGGGAGGGGGGAGGAGAAGCCUAUAGUGGGUUUUAAAACAGAAAUCUUUUUUCAUUUAUCCCCAAAGCAAAUAUGCGACUAGUGUAUUGACUUCCCUUUCAUUAAUAAUAACUGAAAUUAUGAACCAAGAUCUAGUUAAGUCUUGCCUUACAGAACAUACGGGCACCUCUGUGAGGAAGUUGGUGUUGCCCAUUGUCACCUGACUACUGACUUCAUUGGAUUGAUUUGAAAAUGGCAAAAUGCAGUAUGUCACAGAAUCAUGUACAUUCAGGAGAAGGCGUGUAGUACCUUCUUCCACAAGCUAUCCCUUAUCUAUAAACUACCUCGGAGGGAAAAAAAAUUAGCCAGGGUCAUUGCUAAUAUGUCAUUUGUAUUUAUAUAUCUGACUAUCAGAUCCCAAGUCCAAUUCACUAUAGUCCUUCUUCCACCUCAGCAUUCAAGAAACCAUAGAGCUAAAACUCAAAAAAUAGGAAAGAACAUUAAUUUCUGUCCGCGCGUUAGUUUCCUCUAAUGAAACCUGUACGUAGGACACCCACUGAGGUUCAGGACAGCCAGACCUGGGGAAUCUGGUGGGAGGUGGAGCAAAGGAUGCUACUGUCGUGCAUCCAUCACACAGAGAGGAGAAACCGCUGUUUUCAAAUGAUUGGUCUGUUUUCAGUGCACACUCUUAAACGUACCACAAUAGAUUAACCGCCUAAGCUUUUAACUACUUACUUUUUAAAGCUUAUUUGCAAAACUGAGGGACUUGUAUGCCAUUUUGACCCCUAUAUUGAAACACUAGCUGAAACAUUUUAGACCUGCCUUUCAGUUGGUGUCUAAAACCUGCUUACUCUAGGUGGUAUAAACCAGUCCUGCCCCAUCUUAGCUGCUGAUGCUGUCUCGACUCCCAUGACAUCUAUCGAUGAUCGGCACUGUGAGUGUAAUAAUGCCCAUUUGUGUGAACUAAAAUAUAUGGCAGACUAGGUGCAACGUGGUUGCCAAAUAAAGGAGUGAACAGGCAGCCUCCAUGCAAAGCUCCUAGGUGCCCCAUCUGCACACAGCUUACCGCCACUCUUUUAAGGUAUUUACUUCCUGCUUGGUUUGUUAAAACCCUUUGUUUCUCCCAUACUGCUUUGCCAUCCGCCCAGUCGAAUGCUCUCUGAAAACCCCAGUUUCUACGAUCAUAACAGUCUAGCCUAGCAUUUAUCUUAGACAAAGUGCUGCAAAUGUCAGUUUCGCUAAACAAAGUUAGUAGUGGGAGAGAAAAGAGCCAUUUCUUCGAGGACUAGUUUGUAAAUAGCUGAUAAUCGAGGUCUUUCUCCUCCCAAGCACGAUUUCAACUGUGUGUGUGUGACUUCUUAUUGUUAAUGGCAGUUUUGCGUCUGUGGCAGCGAGAUAAUGGACCACUAUUAAACCUGAUUCUCUUCGGUGCUAGGAAACUGAUGUGCAAGUUCCCAGACAGCCACAAGGGCAGCAUAUGCCUCUCAAUGCCACCGGCGUAUUCUGAGGUAGAUGCUGGAAGCAUCGGCCCCACUUAAGGACUUUGUAUAUACUACACCAGAGACAUAAACUCUCUCUCUCUGAGCAGAUCGCACAGAACCAGGGUGUAGAGCUCCCAGAGGUGGUUUCUGCCCGUUCUUUCAAACAUUUUCACAAUAUACUACACAGGCUUAAGAUCAGGGUGCUUCAGUUCGGAAGGUGAUAUCAACCAUCAACAAAUAUGUCGGGUCAAAAACAAAUUUCAUUAACAAGGAAUAGUUAAGUACAUUUCUGAUUUCUCUUUUCAAAAUCCUGGCCUGUGAUUAUUUUUAUUAUGCCAUACAGCUUGCUUCGUUUGUGCUUGCUUUAACAGUCAUUUCUAGUGACAGCAUUCAGAAUGGUAGGAACUGAAAAACAGUGAAUCAUGGCUUAGUGAUUUGUUGGCUAGCAGCUGGCCAGGCACACAGUAGGUAAUCAAAAAAAGCAUGUUGUUUGAUAUUAUUUAUAUAUAUGUAUAUAUACAUAUAUAUACAUAUAUUUAUACAUAUAUAUAUGACCCUCAUUUGGGACUUAAGAAUAACAAUAGUCUCUUCUAAUUUUUAUUUUGCCCAAUAUUUAGUGAAAACAUAAUCUUUAGUGUCAUCUAAGAAAGGCAACAUGGAUGUGGAAACAAAGAGCAUAUUUUUACAGUUUACUGUUUAAGGGCAGAGCGUGACAGCUUCGCCACUCUUCGUCUUUGCAUAUGAGACAAUGUGUCUUGCAUUUCACUCACGGCUCUGCCAGUAAAAAAAGUAAUGAAAUUGUCCCUUUCUAAUGACAUCUAUACAGCAGGGGUCUAUUGCCUUGUGGAUGACACCAAAUUAUACAAUGUAUUAGGAGAUCAGGGAUUUUCCCUUUAAUCCCUUCUUAUUAAUGAAGUGCAUAGUGCCGUUCCCAAGAGACAGCUCCUGACAGAUACACAGCACAGAGAUCAGAGAGGAAAAAUCAGGAAGACAUAAAAGAUUUAUACGAGCCAUGAAACAACGCCAACUGUCUGUUCCCUCAGGAGGAGAACACAGACACUCCCUGUCCCCCAAAUUUCAAGGUGGUCCAUACACUGGAAAUGUACAUAGUCUGUCAAAACAGAGCAGAAGGGAAUCUUUUCUUUUUUUUAAUUUUGAGCAUUUUUUUAUAAUGUGGGACUCUGACUUUUAAAUGUGUGUUUCCAUUUUCUUCCAAAUGCUCUACCCUUUUACAGAAAUUGUUUUCUGUAGCCUAAAUUACUGGUAAUUUUACAACCUGUUUCUGUGAUUUGACACUCUCAUAAGUCCUCUCCCUCUCGAUCUUCGGAAGGGUGUCCCACCACAGCUCAGACACUGCUGGCCACAGCUGCUCCCUGCUGAGAAUUUCAUAAGGAGUUAGGAAUCUCUGGGAAAUGUGCAUGAUAGAAACGAGCUGAUUUAUUAGAGGUCAAUUUCAAAAAGGACCCAGGCAAUGUGUGCACUGCUCUAACCCCACUGAGGGCAGUGAAAUCUCAAAACGGAGGGACUAAUUAAAAUGGUGGCAUUGGUCCUUUCCUGGUCCUUGGUUGUGUGAUGAUGACACCUUCUUCACACAUAAGAAGUCUGACAGAGACACUGCCUCUGUGACAACUGAAGACAAAUAGACAAUCUUACAAAAACCAUGAGAAGUUCUUAUCAUUAAACUACAGGAUAUGAAAAUUUUGAAUCUCUUGGACCCAAAAGUAAUUACAUCUUUCCCCAGUAAACUCACAGAGUGAAAAUCACUAGGCCAGCACAGUUACUACUUGAAAGUGGAGUGUAACAAAACUCACUUUCUUCACUUCAACUUUUCUGAGUUCAUGUCCAGGUGUCAGUGCUUUUCAGAACACCUUAAAUAACACAAACAUAUGAAACCCAAAAUUCUCAGAAAGAAAUGUUAGACACUUAACUUCAAAAAUCAAAAACUGUGGAUACUCACUUUUGGCAUAUAACUUCACUGAAAACACAUACCAAACAAAUAUUAAACAACACAUAGAGUGAUACUACAUUUAAGAGCAGUUAAAUUGUUACUGUUUUAAGUCAAAAUUCAAGAGCUAAAAAAAAAAAUCCCUAAUAUAUAUAUUGCAUUGCAAUGUAUUCUUAGAUUGUUUUUAAGUUUGAUCAAAUACACAUGGAAUUUAUGGAAAUGUAUAAGCAAUUAUUUAUCAUUUCAUCACCCAAGUCACAAUAAACUUGCAACUUAUGAGGAACUAAGAAAAAUAAAAUGCCUGGUUAUAUUCACACUUAUUAAAUUAAUAUUAUUCCAACAUUAGAGUUAUUGUUAAAUGGAUUUAUACUGUAAUGCCUAACAUUUGGAAAAAAUCUAUUAAAAGUAUUAGCAGUG